GUGAUCUAAGACAAAUGGACUUAGAGCUCAGACCACAACUUCCCCUGUUGUCAGUGAGGUAUGAAACAUUCGAGUGUUCACCAGAACGCAGAAGAGAAGAAAAAAAAACCCACCCACAAGUUGUCGUGUUUACUGUGUGCUGGCCACUUUGCGGAGCCAAGUCGUCCGUGUUGAGCCUGUUUUACCAUGGCCGUGUGUGGCAGGAACCUGUUACUGAUGGCCAUUCCUCUGUGGAUGAGUUUUGGGAGAGCUGCUGCUCUUUCAGACUCCCAUAUCUGUUACGUGCUGGAUGGUAUCCUGUUUACGUACGGCCUCAUCCUGACAGCUCUCUACUGUAGACUCAAGAUCCUCAAUGCUCGGGAAUAUGCAGCUGAGAACGCAAAGGGCAAGAAGAAUGUUGAAGAGGGCAUCUAUACGGGUUUGACUCCUCACGCUGCGGACACUUAUGAAACUAUUGGCAUGAAGAAGUGAAUCCAAGACAGAUCUUUUCCUUUAACCCUCUGAGGUCUAAGGGUAUUUUCACACAUCUUCUUACAUUCCCCUUUUUAAGGUGUUUAAUGUGUUUAAUGUGUUUCGUAUCAAAAAUGUUCAGAACGAACUCAGAUUUCUGUAUAGUGAUGUCCACAUUUUUUUUUCCCAGAGCAAUGUGUAAAGAGAUAAUUUGGCACUAAAGCUGAAACGUUGCUGUUGGCUUUUUGAAAUUCCUCAAAUCAAAUUUUUAAAACAAACCUUAACUUAUGAUGUGUUGUACGAAUUGUUUCGGUGCUUGACAUGAGUCCACCAAAGUCCUUAGGUUACAUAUGAUUUAAAUAGUAAAUACAUGUCUGAAAUGAACUUUUGCAAUAUCACUUUUUGAGUAGGGUUUUGUCAAACUUUGUUUGGACUCAACGGUGCUUCUGUCGUCCUCAGAGGGUUAAAUCCCUCUUUUUGUUUUAUUUAAAUAUUGCAUAUCUAACCUUGCUUAUUAGAGUUUGAGAGACUGUGAGAUUGCGUGCACCAGUGUUCAUUUCCCUUUUUGCUUUUAAGGGAAGUUAAGAAGGACGACACAGAAAUAAAGAAGUUGGGCCCAAGAUGGGCAAUUUCACAAAUGCUUACCCUUGUUGCUGUAAGGUUUUUAAUUUUAUUUUUCACUGUUCUGUUGCAUAUAUUUAAUUUUCACGCAAAUACAUUUUAAACUGUAACGCUUCAGACACACUUUGUA